UGGCACUAGCAAUGAGAAUCACGUAACAUAUGGCUGUCUGCCAUUAUCUCUCACUGUUCCAAUAGAUAAUACACUCACCAACCACAUAUUAAAUAGUGUGAGACAGUGACCUAAGGUAGGAGCACAACGAAAGAAGCCAUAAGAAGAGAUUCUAGAUCUAAGCUCUUCCAUUUGCUUUUCUGCAUAAUUCACUCCUUCAUUUAUAAAGAUUUCAGGCGGUAGAAACUUGUAAGAGGAUGGCAUGUGAUUAUUUUGACCAGACUCAAUCAUUUUCAAUUAUACCAACUAUGAUUUCUUUGAUUAAAUAUAUAAGGAGAAUGAUCAAAAGAAAGUUGAAGAAAUUAGGGUUUUGAGGCCCACAAGAGGUUCAACAUUCUCUCAAGACUCAAAGGUUCCUUCAAUCAAUAUUCAAGCCCAAGGAUGGCUCAGUUUAAGGCAGACAACUCUCCAGAUCGCCUGAAGCGCCAAAUUAGGGUUGUGACCUAAUUUCACCAGAGGAUUGACUUUUAAUCAGGAGAUGAUUCCAAGACUCAAAAUAUGAUUCAAAGGCCUUCAUAUCAACAUUAUAUUCCAUUCAUGUCAUUCAACGGAGGAGAAGACCGCAAAAAAGUUGUUCAUCUGAAAAAAGUCAACUACAGUAAAAAAUCAAGAUUUUUGGUCAACAUCAAUUAUUUGAAGUAAUAUUCAUCAUUUGAUCAAGUAUUGAUCAUAAUUCAUCAAGAAAAUUUCAGAAAUUAACAAAACUCAAAAUUGCAAAAUUAGAGUUUUUUACCUAAAAGUUAACUGAACUUUGACCAACCAUAACUUUCUCCUCGUUCAUCAGAAAAAUUCCAACCAAAGCUCAUUCCCAAGGAAAUUCAAUUCUGUACAACUUUUAUAUUGGGUCCGAGGUCAAGAAAUGCUUCCACCUAAGAGAUAUAAGCCAAAACAUUACAUGUCAUUUUCAAAGUCAACAAAAAGCAGUUUUUUGUCAAAGCCCAUAUCAUCAAGAUAACUUCUCCAAAUGCAAAAACGCUUUCAAGGUGGCUUGUAGAGGACAUCUUGGGCUUUCCAAAAAGUACAAGAACACUUUCAUAGGAUCAAAAUUGACGGAGAUAUGCCUUGAUGAAGUUCGUCUUUUUUUUGGAAAAUGCAUGAAACAAGUAAUGACUAAAACUUGUUUUUUUUUUCAAAAAGGCCAAAUCUUUUGUGAUUCAAUCUUGAUUCUCAUAUGUUUAAAGACAUUCACAAUCUAUCCAUGGUUCAUGACAUUUUAUUUCAUUUUUUGAUUAAAUUUUAUUCAUUUAAAAUUUAAUUAAAGUGAGAUAAUUCAUAGAUAUUAUCAAAGAUUCUCAUGUGAUGCAAGCAAUGACAUAUUCCAAGCAUCUAAGAUAUUAUUGCAAGAUUGAAGAGAAUAAUACUUGAGUGACUAAACCAUGGUUAAGUUUUUUAACCUAGCAUAAAAGAAUAUUCCAUUCUUUUUCCACAAAAUUAAUCAUGACAAUUUCCACUUGCUUGGCCUCCAAGAUCAAACUCUUUGCCUAUAAAUAGAGCUUCAUUUUCUUCAUUCAAGAGGAAAAAAAGAGGAGGAACACAACAACAACAACAAUCACCACAAAGUCAUAGCUUAAGUUUAUAUUUUUCAAAAGUUUCAAGAAACUUGUAAAAAAUCAAGGCUCAUUCAAAUAGCCACCUUCAAUCAAUUUCAAUCACUCUAUUCCACUCUUGGGACAUCAUAGAGUAAGUACAAUGUAAUUUUUAAUAUGUAGUAGUGUUAGGAGUUCAUGAAUUAAAAACUCCAUAUUUAUGCAUAUUUUCAAUUUCUCAAAAAAAAAUGUUUUAAUUUUAGUUUUAAGUUGAUAAAAUGUUUAUUUAAUUUUUAACAUAAAAAUAUUUUAUUUCUUUUCAUAAUUAAUUUAUUUUGCUUAAUUAAUUAGUAAUUAUGUAAAUAUAGCUUUUUAAUUAUUUUCAACCAAUCAAAAAACUCCAGAAAUAUUUUCCUUUUAGAUUUAGGUUUAUAUUUUUAUAAUCUAAUUUUUGACAUAAAAAAUAAUAUUUUUCUUGUUAAGUUUAAUUAUUUGUAUAAUUAUUUGUUUAAUUAGCUUGUUAAUUAACUUAAAAUCAAUUCCAAAAAAAUCACAAAAAAAAUUAAUUAAGUUUAAUUUGUUUUAUAUUUAUUUUUGUAUAUUAUUUGAUAUUAUUUCUUAUCUUUUUCUUUGUCCCGAAUUGGAAUAAAAGAUCAAAUAUGGCAGAGAUUGUAUGCAGUUGAUUUAAGACUUUUGGAAAUUUAUCGUGUAGUCGCUAUGAUUCUAUCAAGCAUCUGAUAAAUUUUCAUUAACUUUAAAUCCGAGAUCAUCAUUCACUAACCAUCGAUCUUCACUAACAUCGUGGAUAUACUUGACUAGCUUCAAGAUGAUUCGCGUGCUAACAUACUAACAAUUGACUUUAAUUUCCGCAUUUUAUUAUAUUGUUCUUUAUAUUUCUUGUUUUAUGCUUUAUUUUAUCAUUCGUAUUAUUUAUGUUUAUGUUAUUUUCUCUUGGUCCAUUUGGACAUAUUAUUUAUGUUUCUGUUAUUUUCUCUUUGUCCAUUUGGACGUAUUAUUUAUGUUUCUGUUAUUUUCUUUUUGUCCAUUUAGACGUAUUAUUUAUGUUUCUGUUAUUUUCUCUUUGUCCAUUUGGACGUAUUAUUUAUGUUUAUGUCAUUUUCUCUUUGUCCAUUUGGACAUAUUAUUUAUGUUUCCGCUAUUUUUUUUCUUUGUCCAUUUGGACAUAUUAUUUAUGUUUCCGCUAUUUUUUCUUUGUCCAUUUGGACAUAUUAUUUAUGUUUCCGCUAUUUUUCUUUGUCCAUUUGGACAUAUUAUUUAUGUUUCCGCUAUUUUCUCUUUGUCCAUUUGGACAUAUUAUUUAUGCUUCCGCUAUUUUUUCUUUUUUCAUUUGGACGCAUUAUUUAUGUUUCCGUCAUCUUCCUUUUGUCCACUUGGACCAUAUUUUUACCUUUGAGCUAAAACAUUAAUAAUCAAGAUAAAACUUAAAAAAAGCACUUUGCACAUUUGCACCUCUAUGGUUUUCCCUCUUAUUACUUUUUUUUAAUCAUACCAUCAUUUAAGAAAAGUAUUAAAUGCGUAGGAAAGAUCUUAUAAAUUGAGAGUAGGUAACUCCUAAUUGCUUGCUCAAACACCUUUCAUUUAUAAACAACGUAUUUUCAAAACUUCUCAUCUAUUUUCAAAACUUUCAUCUGGUAUUUGAAGGGCAUUAUUCCCGGUGAAACUCUUCAGACCUAUGUGACCGAGUGUCCAUCUUCACUUCUUCUGUUUUCAAAUCAAUUUCAAAACUGUUUUCAAUCAAAACUUUCAAUCACUGUUUUCACAAAAAACAAAUUUCAAAAGAUAAAACUUUGUAGGCAUCCGCCAAGGAUUAUUACAAAGUCAAACCAUUCAAAAAAUGAUAUUUGUAUACAUCCGCCAAGGAUUAUUACAAAGUCAAAACAUUUUCCAACACACACCCACACCCACUUUUCAAGCAAACAAAAUCAAACAAGGCAAAAAGUCAUCUAAGCAAAAUUAAGAGCCCAUGGAUAACCAUGGAUACAAAGGGUGCUUAAAACCUUCCCUUUGUAUAACCAACCCCCCGAACCCAAAAUCUGUCAAAAGGUCUUUCCUGUUCUUUUAUGCCUUUCCUAUUUGGAUAAAAUAAAAGUCGGUGGCGACUCUUGCAAAAAUAUAAAAAAAUCAAUAAAAAAAGAGUAAGGAGUCAGUUCGCCUAAAAAAACCGAGUUUACAAAACUGGCAACUCUGCUGGGGACUGAAAAAUAUUUUUCAAAGAGGGGUUACCUUAGAGUUUUUGAUCACUUUAAUAUUUGCUUAUACUUAUUUAUUUUGUUAUUUUUUGCUAUUUUGGAUAUAUGUGUGGUUCCGUCACUUGAGAUACAUUAUGGACAAAUCCUAACCCGGAUUAAGUACACAUAAAAAUUAGGUGGAGGGUAUAGUCAUGUAUGGCAUACAAGGAGUUCAGUCCUUAACAAGCUGUCAUGAGAAUCCUUCUGCUCAGUGGAGGUUCCUUGCUGGUAGUAUAUGUUUAGCAAGUUCAGUUGCGAAAACAUUAUUGCUUUCAUUGAGCUGUAGAAGCUGAGUUGGCCGUAGAACCCAUUAUCCCAUCCUGGCCUUAUUAGGUUGUGAUGCAGAAACUAUUCAGGUGUAGGCUUGGAUUAGUUGUCAUGCGGGUAAUCACACACAGAUGAGUUGUUCUUGAGAAUAUUAUUGGCUCACAAGUUCAGUUGUGCAAGCCGGUAAUAUCCGAAAGAAGAAUGUGGACUCUGACGUAUCAGUAGAACAUGUUGUGCUGGUGAUUAACCCCUAGUACUAUCCCAUGUUUGGUUCUUUGACCUCAUGCUCGUGACGUUGAACUUUUGAACCUAUCUUAUGUGCACCAUGUUUAUGCUACCAUGUCUGUAUAUGUGGCAUUCAUGCAUUAUGCAUACAUACAUCCAGGUUACCCAUGAAACUUAUCCUUGUCUGUCUCCAUCUUCAUAGAUUGUCUGUCUACCGUCAAGCUGAUUCCCUCACACAAGUACGGAACUAGAGCCAACGUCAGGUAAAGAAUGGAGUAUCAAGAGCAACAUAACGUAGAGGUCAGAAUGUAAAUAGAGGAUUUGAAGUCAAGUAUGACCAAGCUCACUGAAAUGCUGCAAGUUUUGAUUGCUAGAGGGGAACCGCCUCAGAAGACUGUCAUUGUUGAAGUCCCAAGUGCUGAUGUUGACCCUCAACCCACUCAAACACCACCUUCAACAUGGCCUGAGUUUGGUUUGCCACCUGAUUUUACUCCUCCCUAUGAGAAGACUCCUGGUAUUGGUCAAUCAUCACGACCUGUGAUGGGUCAAACUUCAAACCCAGUUAUUUGUGCUCCUAUCAUGACUGAAUCUCAGCCCAUUGUGCAUACUGUUGCUCAGCAUGCUUAUGAGAAUCCUCUAUUUGAAUACCAAGCUGCCAAUUCCCAAAAUGGAAGCCAAGGGGAUGCUGGAGAUAUUGAAGAUGUCAAAGAAUAGUAUCAGACUUUGGAGAAGCGAUUGAGAGCCAUGGAAGGCAAUAAUUACUUUGGGGUUGCUGCUAAGAAUAUGUGUUUGGUUUCUGAUUUUGUCAUGCCUGCAAAAUUCAAGACUCCUGAAUUUGAGAAAUACAAAGGGAACACCUGUCUAAAAAGCCAUUUGAUCAUGUACUAUCGGAAAAUGGCUGCUUAUACUCAAAAUGACAAACUGCUCAUCCAUUUUUUUCAAGAUAGUUUCAGCGGAGUUUCGCUAAAAUGGUAUAUGGGACUCGAGAGGAGUCGUAUUCAUUGUUUCCAAGACCUAACUGAUGCUUUCAUGAAGCAAUAUAAGUAUAAUUUGGACAUGGCACCUGAUCGCCGACAACUACAAAGCAUGUCCCAGAAAGAGAAAGAGUCUUUCAAGGAAUACACUCAACGCUGGAGAGAGCUUGCUUCUCAAGUAGAGCCACCUUUAGUUGAAAAGGAACUAACAGGCAUGUUUAUGGAUACUCUCUCACCUUUCUUCUGGGAGAAGAUGAUCGGUAGUGUGUCUUCCAACUUCACAGACUUGGUGACCAUUGGUCAGAGACUUGAACAAGGAAUCAAGAAUGGGAAAGUUACUCAUGUUAUUGAAUCCUCUAGUGGGGCGAGAAAGCCUUAUGGAAACUUCCAGAAGAGAAAUGAGACGAAUGCUGUGUUGGAAGACAGAAGAUCUCGUCAUAGACCUCAUAAUGGUGAUCAAUCUUAUGUGGCUGCUGUUGCUCCUGUGCGAGUUCAAGCUCCUCGACAUGAGGUUGCUAACCAAAAUCAGAUUCGUAAUAGGGUUGACUUUGACCCCAUCCCUAUGACUUAUACUGAAUUAUAUCCUGCAUUGGUUCAUAAAGGGUUGAUCACAACAAGAUCUAUGCCUCCUCCUCGGAAUCCUCUUCCAGAAGGUUUUAGGUCUGAUCUUUAUUGUCCUUUCCAUCAAGGGGCAGCGGGCCAUGAUUUAGAAAGAUGUUUCCCUUUGAAGGCCAGAGUUCAAGAGUUGAUUACAUCAAAGAUGUAAUCUUUUAACAAUGUUGGUCCCAAUGUUGUCACUAAUCCUUUGCCGAAUCAGAAUGGCUGAAAACGGGUCAGAGACAAUUAUCUCCCUAAAGCCAGUGUAUCAAGACAGGACAGCUCAUCCUCGUCAUUGAUUAGUCACUAGGCCAUGUUUCCUUACUGUUUGCAUUUCCUCAGUUGUAUUGUUUGCUUUAAACUUUGUUUAUUCCUGAAUGUUAGUUUUAAUGAAAUGAGCAUCGUAUGUUUGAAUUCAUUUUCAUCUACUAUGUCUGUGUUUAUGCUUCUUUUACAAAAAAAAUUCUAUUUUGCUUUCUCUAUCAAACUUGUGUUUUAUGCAAAGAUUGGAGGGAGGAUGAUGACAACGAAAUACCCAGGUUGUUGAAUUGUAUGCUUUCAAAUAAAAACUUUGUUGACGAUGUACAAGCAUUCCUUCAAUUCCUAAACACUGGAGAAAUAAGGAAGUUAAUCCCUCGUCAACCCUUUGAGCCUAGAAGUUGGUGUUUCUUUCUAUACGAAAUAACCCACAUUUUAACCCGGGGCAGGGUAGUUCCCAGUUAAUUUGGUUGUGCAUUCUAUUUUAAGAGAAUCAUUCAAUACACCUUUCAACAAGUGUUUUAAUCACAAGCUUUCCUCCGCAUACAUCAAAGAAAUGUUGGAGACGCCAAGCAAAAGUCGAUGAUGGUUCAUUAUAAUCAUUAAGCAGGAUAGUCACUAUCUUUCAAAAAAAGUAUAAAAAAAUAAAAUAAAAUAAAAAGCCUGCUAAGUCAAAAUCAAGAAAUGACUUAGGCAAAAUUAAGGCAUCCCACUGACUGUAAGUUCAAAAUAAACAGUUCAGGCAAAAGUUAGGGAUAUCAAAAGAUGAAAAAAUGAGAGACAAGUCAAUAAAUUCUUGAACCACAAAAUGUUGUGACUAUCAAAAGGAAAAAGUGACUGCCAUCUCUAAGUUUUCUUGGCUUGUGAACUAUCAUCAUUACAACAGGUAAAAUUCCAAAAGUCUCUUGGUACCUGAAUGCAUAUUUUUAAUUAACUGAGUUAAGGACAGAAGAUCAUCACGAAGAUGGGGUGGGUUACAAAAAUUUUGAGCCUUAUACCUUUUGUUUUUUUAAACCAUGAACCUGACCACAUUACAACCUUCAAAAGUCCUAAUUGAAGCAAGGUUUAUUUUGAAAGCAUACUACAACAAGGUUGCGUAAGCUGACUCCCAAGAGAUUUACCAAUCAUUUAUGUUGAUACCAUAUCUUUGCUUUAUCUUUCACGUUGAUUGUCUUAACCUUUAUGUUUUGACCAGUGAUUCCAUUUGCUUUACACAUAUAUAACAUCAUUCUAAAAGUGACUUUAAUUUCAAAAAUAUGUUUUGAGCAUUGCAUUAAAAUUACCAUUCUUGAAUGAACAUUUUAUUUGCAAGUAAGCACUCAUCUUCAAGGAAGUUCAAACAGUUGAGAAACUUGAUCAGUGAUCCUGUCAAGGGCACAUUCCUUCAAGAUUCUGUUGUUCAGAUGUUUAAUCAAGAUUUGUUGAUCCGAAUAUCCUCUGCAAGAUGUAUACUAUGGCAAGUCUUCCCAACAUUCAUUUCAAGAGUUGAAUCUGUGAUCAGUUCAUCCCCAACAUAGUUCAACUGAAGCCAUGAUCAGUUAACAUGCAACAAUUAUUCAAUCAGGGGCAAUCUUCUUCAGCAAUCCCCAAGCACAGUUUAUCAAUCCUUCUCACAGGAUCAUUUGUUUAAUACAGUUGUCAGUGUGACAAGAAGUUUGUUCAAGCAUCUUCUUUCCAAGCAGAGUUUUCAGAGUUCCCGUGUUAAGGAAUCAAAGCUCCAAUCUUGCCUCACAAAAGAGUAAAUCCCAGUUGUCAUAAAUAACUACAUUGCAUUGAGCAUUCAUCAUGCAUAGAAAAAUUUAACAUCAUGUAUAGAAACAAACUCGUGCUCAUUUAUAUUUUUCCAAGUCUUGUUGUUAUCAACAUCUUACCUUGAGAUCAAAGUCCAACUUACUUGGCAUUGACCUUUAAUAUUAUUCAAUCACGCUUUACUCUUGAUUGAUCUUUAUUUAUAUUCAAUCAUGUUUUACUCUUGAUGUUGUUUGAUCGUGCUUUACUCUCGGUUGGUGUCUCAAUCAUGUUUUACUCUUGAUGUUGUUUGAUCGUGCUUUACUCUCGGUUGGUGUCUCAAUCAUGUUUUACCCUUGAUGUUGUUCAAUCAUGUUUUACUCUUGAUGACCUUUGAUGUUAUCCAAUCAUGGUUUACUCUUGAUUUCUUUUGAUACUAUUCAAUCAUGUUUUACUCUUGAUUGCCUAUGAUGUUAUCCAAUCAUGGUUUACUCUUGAUUGCUUUUGACACUAUUCAAUCAUGUUUUAGUCUUGAUUGCCUGUGAUGACGUUCAAUCAUGUUUUACUCUUGAAUGCCUCUGUCAAUUUAUACUCCUUUCCAAAUUCAUUCAUAUUUUACUCUUGAAUUAUUUCUGAUGUGGGUUCCAGAGAUUUUUCUUUCUGAACGUCUCUGUUGAUUUCUUGUCCAAAGUUCCUUUCACGUUUUACUCUUGAAAGCUUCUGUUGACUGUUUCUUUCUUUUGUGAAGUCGGAUUCUAUUACUGGAUGACGCAUACCUUUUCCCCAGCGGAGUCUGUUUACUUCUCCCCUGUGGUGUCCUGUUUCCAUCUUGUGGAAAACAUAUGCAUUCAUAAUCAUAAGCAUUACAUUGCAUCUCAGGUUCAAAAAUUGUGUUUUAUAUAUAUAUAUAUAUAUAUAUAUUUAAGUCUCUUCAAUCACAUCGAAACGAAGAUUUCCAAUCUUACAAUCUCCGGAUAGAAGAAACUUAAAUAGGGGCAUCUGUUGCAACCCAAUUUUAGACCUCUGAGAUCCCAUCAUUUUUCUAAGUAUCAUGAUCAUUAUCAUUAUCAUUUAUCAUCAUGCAUAUUUUUAUUUACUAACAAAAAUAUAUAAAAAAAAAAGUUUGUUGCUUGUGUGUCAAAAAUAGGAGAAUGAUCAAAAGAAAGCUGAAGAAAUUAGGGUUUUGAGGCCCACAAUAGGUUCAACAUUCUCCCAAGACUCAAAGGUUCCUUCAAUCAAUAUUCAAGUCCAAUGAUGGCUCAGUUUAAGGCAGACAACUCUCCAGAUCGCCUGAAGCGCCAAAUUAGGGUUUUGACCUAAUUUCACCAGAGGAUUGACUUUUAAUCAGGAGAUGAUUCCAAGACUCAAAAUAUGAUUCAAAGGCCUUCAUAUCAACAUUAUAUUCCAUUCAUGUCAUUCAACGGAGGAGAAGACCUUGAUUCAUUGAAAGAUCGCAAAACCGUUGUUCAUCUGAAAAAAGUCAACUGCAGUCAAAAAUCAAGAUUUUUGGUCAACAUCAAUUAUUUGAAGUAAUAUUCAUCAUUUGAUCAAGUAUUGAUCAUAAUUCAUCAAGAAAAGUUCAGAAAUCAACAAAACUCAAAAUUGCAAAAUUAGAGUUUUUUACCUAAAAGUCAACUGAACUUUGACCAGCCAUAACUCUCUCCUCGUUCAUCAGAAAAAUUCCAACCAAAGCUCAUUCUCAAGGAAAUUCAAUUCUCUACAACUUUGAUGUUGGUUCCGAGGUCAAGAAAUGCUUCCGCCUAAGAGAUAUAAGCCAAAACAUUACAGGUCAUUUUCAAAGUCAACAAAAGGAUUUUUUGUCAAAGCCCAUAUCAUCAAGAUAACUUCUCCAAAUGCAAAAACGUUUCCAAGGUGGCUUGUAGAGGACAUCUUGGGCUUUCCAAAAAGUACAAGAACACUUUCAUAGGAUCAAAAUUGAGGGAGAUAUGCCUUGAUGAAGUUCGUCUUUUUUUUGGAAAAUGCAUGAAACAAGUAAUGACUAAAACAUGUUUUUUUUUUCAAAAAGGCCAAAUCUUUUGUGAUUCAAUCUUGAUUCUCAUAUGUUUAAAGACAUUCACAAUCUAUUCAUGGUUCAUGACAUUUUAUUUCAUUUUUUGAUUAAAUUUUAUUCAUUUAAAAUUUACUUAAAGUGAGAUAAUUCAAAGAUAUUAUCAAAGUUCUCAUGUGAUGCAAGCAAUGACAUAUUCCAAGCAUCUAAGAUAUUAUUGCAAGAUUGAAGAGAAUAAUACUUGAGUGAUUAAACCAUGGUUAAGUUUUUUAACCUAGCAUAAAAGAAUAUUCCAUUCUUUUUCCACAAAAUUAAUCAUGACAAUUUCCACUUGCUUGGCCUCCAAGAUCAAACUCUUUGCCUAUAAAUAGAGCUUCAUUUGCUUCAUUCAAGAGGAAAAAAAAGAGGAGGAACACAACAACAACAACAAUCACCACAAAGUCAUAGCUUAAGUUUAUAUUUUUCAAAAGUUUCAAGAAACUUGUAAAAAAUCAAGGCUCAUUCAAAUAGCCACCUUCAAUCAAUUUCAAUCACUCUAUUCCACUCUUGGGACAUCAUAGAGUAAGUACAGUGUAAUUUUUAAUAUGUAGUAGUGUUAGGAGUUCAUGAAUUAAAAACUCCAUAUUUAUGCAUAUUUUCAAUUUCUCAAAAAAAAGUUUUAAUUUUAGUUUUAAGUUGAUAAAAUGUUUAUUUAAUUUUUAACAUAAAAAUAUUUUAUUUCUUUUCAUAAUUAAUUUAUUUUGCUUAAUUAAUUAGUAAUUAUGUAAAUAUAGCUUUUUAAUUAUUUU